UUUACGUGUCCGAAUCGGCGAGGUUAGGGACCUCUAUGAGUAGCAAAGAGGAAUCGAUUUCUUGAAAAAAAAAGUGCCAUGGGUCCCACAUAAUAUAAUAGAAAAUUGCACACAAAUUCUUUAUGUAAUCUUCUCUGCUUUCUUCGGGCGUACACAGCCGCUCGCUCAAGCUUUGGAUUCGGUCAGAUAGGUGAGAGAAAUUUGUUUUUUUAUUCACCACGAGUCAGACUCCAAACCUUGCAGCGGUUCUUCCCUCUCCUCCAUGAGUUGUUCUCUCGGAUGGUUGACUUGGUUCAUCUGCAUGCCACGUUGGCCGAUGAGUCGUUUUUACUUUCGCACUGGAGAAGCCCUAAGAGCCAAAGUUCUUGUUCUUCUUCUGGACGUACGGUGAUAAGUCCUUGUCUGUACAGGGAGUGUGAGCUCAUCCUUGCGGGUGGAAGUUCCUGUGCGCCAGGCAGCUAAAGACAAGGGUGGGUUUGGUGGUAGAACCGAGAAAAAGCUGAGGCUGAGCAAGGAGCAGUAUGGGUUCCUGGAGGACAGGGUUCCUGGAGGACAGCUUCAAGGAGCACAGCACUGUGACGCCAAGACAGAAUAGUGACAUAGCGAGCCAGCUCAACCUUGGACCGCGGCAAGUGGCCAUCUGGUUUCAAAACAGAAGAGCUCGGACAAAGCUGCUGCAAACCAAGGAGGAGUGCGAGAACCUGAAACGUGGCUGCGCGGCGCUAACACAGGAGAACCGAAGGCUCCAAGGAGAGGUCGCGGAACUGCGCGCCUUGCUUACCAACCCUGCAAGUUUUACAGCCACCAACCAGAGCUCCGUUCCGUUCGGCACUGUGCAGAGGGGCCCGCCAGGACCGAUUUCUCUUGUACUCGGUACUCCUCGUCGUAAGUGCUAGGGCGCAGCUCCACCAUCUGCCGCUGCCCGAUCGCCGACGACACUGCAGCAGCCGUGCCAGGGUACUGCCGGCCUGGUGGCGUUCCAAGGUGCGUGCGUAUAGCGUACGGUUAGGAAGAUGCAGGCGGGCGGUACCGGCAAGAUGGAUGUUCAGCAAGGCAAAACGUAUGCGCAGCGUGGAAAGGCACGGGGGUUUGGCCAGCUGGUGCACCGGCACAUGUUUAUUAAGAGCCCCUUGUUAACGUACGUGUACUCUAUGCAUGUUUAUGCAAUAUACGCUUGUAUAGUAUGUUAAAUAUA